AAAACAAACACGGCUUGGUUUCACAUCACUGCCCCCAACACACAACAAAGCAGUAAAACUGAAUUCUGUAAAAUGGCCGCUUCUCAGUCAUCUUUGCCAAUAACAUCCGAAAUAAGCAUACCGGUUGCCAGCAUAGAACACGUAUAUGAAGACAUUGGAAGUGACAUAGCAAAGGCCCCAAGUUUACGUCUACAUGACAACAUAGGAAAAGAGCAGCUUCGUGUACAGAUACAAGACCAAGGUAUAAAAGAAAGCGAGGCAUCCAAACCCCUGACAGAAUUUGCCACCUAUCACAAUCCUUACACAGAGGAGACGGUACAUUCUCCAGGCGCCAUUUCCAAGCUGUCGUACAGCGGAUCCGUUAAGUCAAAGCACGUGCAUACGAGACAAUUAAAUGUAUUUAUUGGCGAAGAAAUCGAGGAAAACAUCCAUAGUUCGGGUCUUCCAUCAGAGAGGAGAGUUUACAGCUGUCCACCAACUCCAAGGGCGUUAAAAAGAACCGCCCCUGUUUCCGUGGAACCGAUAGAAUCUGCAUCAGUGAGUACUGCAGGUGCUGGAUACGAAGGUGAACCCAUGCGUUACUACUUUCUUAAUCUACCAGAGGAAGAACCCCCAGCUUAUAACGAGUUCUUGGUGAAACUGAAUCCCUACAACAAGAUCAACCACAUGAUUCACGGCGCUCUGCACUGUCCGUGCUUCUUCUUCUUCUUUCUGUUCUGUUGUAUGCCGGCUGUUUUCUGGAUGCAGCUUGGAGACAAAGCUUACAAGAACGGUGAUGUCGAUGAGGCGAAGUUGCUCGGGAGAAAAGCUACAGUUUCUUAUUGCAUUGGUGCCGUGCUGGGAGUUUCCGUGCUAACCACGGUUAUCUUGAUUUCUGUGUAUUUCGUGCAGGACCAACUUGGUCAAUAAAAUUCGUGCUGUCGGA